AAGCCCGGGAGGCGGGUCCCAGGCCUCCACCGCGUCAGGGGCGCCGGCGCCGCGACCCCACUUGUUGCGGCGGCGACCGCUGCGCCCCGGGACGCGCAAGUCUCCACUGAGCGCCGCGAGGAGGCGCGCACUGGGCGGUGCUGGGCGAUCCGUGGAUCGUCUCACGACGAGAUGGGACGCUAUUCAGGCAAGACGUGCCGGCUGAUCUUCAUGCUGGUGCUCACCUUCGCCUUCUUCGUGGCGGAGCUGGUCUCAGGCUACCUGGGCAAUUCCAUCGCCCUGCUCUCGGAUUCCUUCAACAUGCUCUCGGACUUGAUCUCAUUGUGCGUGGGGCUGAGCGCCGGCUACAUCGCCCGGCGUCCCACCCGGGGCUUCCGAGCCACCUAUGGCUACGCCCGCGCCGAGGUGGUGGGCGCGCUGAGCAACGCCGUCUUCCUCACCGCGCUGUGCUUCACCAUCUUCGUGGAGGCCGUGCUGCGCCUGGCCCGGCCGGAGCGCAUUGAUGACCCGGAGUUGGUGCUCAUCGUCGGCGCCCUGGGACUGGCAGUCAACGUGGUGGGGCUGCUCGUCUUCCAGGACUGCGCCGCCUGGUUCGCCAGCUGUAGCCGGGGCCAACGCCAGCAGCAGCAACAGCUGGGGGGCGGGGUCCGCAGCGCUUUCGGGGGCCCCCAGGGCGCCGAGGGUCGGCAGCCAGUCGCGACCUGGGCAGUCCCCAGCUCGGAAUCGGCUGUGACUCUCCGGGUGGCUCCCGCCGAAAGGAAGGAGGCGAAGGGGGCGACCGUGUUCUCAAACGUAGCAGGUGAUUCCCUGAACACCCAGAAUGAGCCUGAAGAGCCUGUGAGAAAGGAGAAAAAGUCCGAAGCCUUGAAUAUCAGAGGUGUACUUUUACAUGUGAUGGGUGAUACCCUGGGGUCAGUGGUUGUGGUGAUUGCGGCCAUCAUAUUCUAUGUGCUUCCUCUGGAACCUGAGGACCCGUGUAACUGGCAGUGCUACAUUGACCCCAGCCUCACUGUCAUCAUGGUCAUCAUCAUUUUGUCAUCUGCCUUUCCACUCAUCAGAGAGACUGCAGCCAUUCUGCUACACAUGGUCCCCAAGGGAGUCAACAUGGAAGAGCUGAUGAGCAAACUUUCUAGUGUGCCUGGAAUUAGCAGUGUACAUGAAGUGCAUAUCUGGGAACUUACAAGUGGAAAGACCAUUGCCACCCUGCACAUCAAGUAUCCAAAGGAUGGAGGCUAUCAGGAUGCCAGUAUAAAAAUUCGAGAAAUCUUCCACAAUGCAGGAAUCCACAAUGUGACCAUCCAGUUUGAAAAUGUGGACUGGAAUGAAUCCCAGGAGCAGAAGGACCUGCUCUUCCUCUGCAGCUCACCCUGCAUCUCCAAGAGCUGUGCAAAGCAGCUGUGCUGUCCCCCCAGAGCACUGCCCCAGGUCCAUGUCAAUAGCUGUGCUGAGCACAGUGACUCUUCCACUCUAGAUCUAUACCAAAGUGAUGGCCUCAGCAGAAGAGACAUCACGGAAGUGGCUAUUGAAGUGUCUUUGGAUGGCUGUCUGAGUAACCAUGGACUUGCUCUUAAAAAUACUCAAGAGGACCAACAUUAUGUAAACAUCACAUAUUUUUAACCUGGUACCUACAUAAGCAGACUGGACAAUUGAUUAACUUGGCCAUCAGCUUGGCUUAAGGAAAGAGCUUUGUGGACUGUAGGCACUGACCAGACUCGCAAUGUGCACUCUCUGUGUUCAGUAAGGGGUUGGCUAUUUGGGAUUUUAAUUGAACUUGUUUGUAUAAUUUUUGUGUGACAGAUAACACCUUAGCAUCACCCUGGGCAUCUAAUGUGGGUCUUCAACAAUUUAGUUUGAGCAUUCAUUUUCUAAAGCACACUGCACUAGUGUAUAGAUCAGGAACACUGAAGGCUGGGACUCAAUGACUGUGCACAGAGGAUUUAAAGUACUUUGUUUUCUUAACCGAUUAGAGCUUCUAACUGGCUCUCAGGUGAGCCCAGAGCCUAAGUACAUAAAAAAACUUUAAAAUCCAUGAUAACUUUAUUUUCCCACUCCCUUGGAAGAUCAUUUAUAGAGGAAUGUUCUUGUCACUGCAAACACAUUUUUUUUUUCUUUUGACUCAUUUUGAAUACAUGUAAAAUGGAUACCUACUAGGGUGGAAGAUGUUUUCACAACAUUAGAAGAGGUAGAUUUUGGUGGGGUAUCCAAAAGAAAGUGCUUUUGCAUUGUCUCUUCAUUUUGAGAGGUGGAGAGAAAAACUAAUGUUUACUUUCUGCUGUGAAAAGGAUUACAGCUGUAGGUUGUUCCAAUGAUUCAAUUAUUUCACUUGGAAGUGUGGGAAUAGUUCUUCAUUCUCAAGUAUGACACAAGUAUUUAAAUGACUGUCUUUUAGAGUCAGUUCCAUUGAAACUGUUUUCCUUUAUUGCUUUACUAAUGAUUUACUUAUUUGUCCCAUUUCCUUUGAGGCUUCUUCAGUAGGAUUAUAUUGAUCUAUAGCAUUUACCAAGAGAAAAUAAGCAUUUGUGGGAUAGAAGAAUAUAUCACAUUGAGUAUUCAUUUCUGCCAAAUAAAUAAGCUAGAUUGCCUUUUCUUUAAUUAGUUUCAUUUAAACGUAUUUAUUAUAGCUACCAACUAACAACUUGAUGGAAAAGUCUAUGUCCAAGGGGAGAAAUGAGUAUUUAUUUAAUUGCUGGUUUUAAUGUAUUUUGAGGAGCUUAGAAUUUUCGUUUACAUCUUUGACCCAUAUUACCAAGUUCAAAUAUGCUUCUUAGAAUCCAAUUCAGACCUAUCACCCAUCUACAUUAGUACUGAUAAAAGUAUCUAUUAUGUUUCUAACAGAUUGUUUAGUCAUCAAUAUUUUAAUCAAAAAAGUCUUGAAAUAAGUAUGAGGACCUGGGAGGUGACUUACUAGAACACUAGCGUCUUUUUUCAUGGGUUGGAUGGAGGUUUGGGUCCUUUUAAGAAUCUGCACAGGACUCACAAGAAAUUUGAAUAGGUAAUACAAAUAGCACCCACAUGUUUCAGAACAAACACCAUUUUAAAAAGCGUCCAUCUUAAAUUCCAAGGCUAAAAGAAGUAGGCAGCUGUGAUCAAUACAAUAGGAAAUUUUUGAUUCCUUGAAAAUUUAUUAUCUGAGUUUAAAUUGGUCAUGAAUCAGGUAAACAGAAAAAAAUGCCUAAAUAUGUUUUUAUCCCUAGGAGUUUAUCAGGCUACAUUAUAGGUACUUUAUAAUUAAAAAGGGUGUAAAAUGCAAGACAACACUUAUGUUUUAGUUAAAGGUGUGGCAUGUACUCAUAGAAACCAGGGGAUUCUCUAUGAAUCUCACCAUGGUGAUAUGUGGGGCCAAGUUCUUGACAUACGUGUUGAUUGAGAUGGCUAACCCCGGAGCCAGUGAAGAGCUUUUCUCUCAUUUCUGAAUUUGAAAACUAAUUUGAUUUCACAUCAUUAUGUCUUUAUUAAAAAGGAAAAGUUCUAAUUUCAUAGUUUUCAUGCACCUGGCUAAAGGAAUGUGUAUUAGUUUGCAUCCAAAUAAUGUUCUUUAAUUAAUCUCAAAGUAUUUUUCUGGAAAGGAAAAAGCAUUUAAUUCUAAUAUGAUUAAAUCUAACUUCAGAAAAGUACUUCCCAUUUACACUUGUGAACAUACCAAAUUAUGGAGUAGUUAGUGUGAAAUGACACCUUUUAAAAGACAGAUUAGCUGAGUGUGUUUAAUAAGGCCCAAACAGGCCAAUUAACAACAACCUUUUUAUAUUGAGUUAGGUGUUGAAUUUGCUACCCCAGGCACUGUGAUGCAUGCAAAGUCUGUGUGGUAUUUUCACUUGGGUUUUACUCUCCUUUGAGUUGUCCUGCCUUUUAAGUCUUGCAAGGAAAUGCAAGAGUUUUUCUUGUUUCCUUCAAAUCAGCCCUGCUCAGUGGCUUUGGUACCUGAUGAACAGUAGAUUUGCAACACUUCUAUUUUUCUUGGAGAUUAGAAAAAUACUGCCACCCAGUUUGGUAUUUUGGAAUUCUUUAGGUUAAUUUCAGAAAAUUUCCUCUUUUUUGUUUCUCACAAAAUAGAAAAUAAUUUUUAAGAAGCCUGUGGGAACCUCUGUGUGUUAGGUCAGGAUCAGUUUGUCUGCAUGCUAAACUAAGGUAGCUCAGGGGAAAAGGCCUUACCACUGCUCUUUGAAAUUGCCAUCUACCCUCUAGUACUUUUUCUAUUUCUAUAGAAAGAGCGCUUUCCACACUAUUUCAGCGCCAGCUAUUGGAAAUAGUAUGUCUGCCUUUAUCUUCUAAUUUUAAACUUUGUUUUUGAAAACAGAGUUUAAUUUUCCCUAUGAUAUUUGACCCUUGUGAACAUUCCAGAGAGCUACCAGGCUCCAUUGCUGACAAAAUAUCAAUAAAAUAGAGAGACAUUAUUUGAGGA